AAAAGAGAGAGAGCGAAAUUCCAAAAGCAUUUAAAAUAAAAGGGCCAGAUGGUAAUUUCAGAUAGAGAAGAGGUUCAAAGCUAGGCGUUGAUUUUUUAUGUUUUUGUUUGGACCAAACCAAAGAAGACUUUCUCCUCAUUUGAAGAAGCAAUAAUAAGUACACAUAUUUUGAUCUCUCAUCUUCUUCUUUCAAAAUCCAGAAAAUUCAGGACCAAAAACCUUUAUUACACUUUGACCCCUGAACUUCUACUAAUUUACUUUCUAAAACCCUUGAUACUUGCAACACCCCGUGGAAAAUAUUCAACAUUUCUCAACAAUUGCAACCCAUAACUUGUGCUUAAUUCUGUUUUGACCCCUAAUUCUCACUCUUCUCCCACCAAUGUCCAAUUCUGGAGGUUUCUCCUUGACUCGAUAUCGGGGCACCGAACGGUUCUACAAUCCACCGGCGGUUCGGAGAUAUCAUGAGUUGCAAAAGAAGCUUCAGCCAUCGCCGCGGAGGCAGUUCUCUAAGUCGUUGAAGUAUGAAACCCAACUCGACUCGUCUGAUGCUGAGACUCGGACUGACUCCGAUGAGUCGACAUUGUCGAGGCCUAACUCAGUUUCUUUGCCUUCUUCUUCGUCUUCUUCUUCUUCACCAGACGUUGCUUCGUCUAAUUUGGAUCGUAUCAUUGAAUCGGUAACUCCAUAUGUUAAAGCUCAAAUCUUCUCUGAGGCAAGAAUGAGAGGAUGGAGAGCUCAAGAAGCAUUUUACUGUCUUGGGGAUCUGUGGGAAGCGUUUAGGGAAUGGAGUGUAUAUGGGGUGGGUGUGCCUUUGUUACUGAAUGGAUGUGAUUCAGUUAAGCAAUACUAUGUUCCAUAUUUAUCAGGGAUACAAUUGUAUGUGGAUCCACAAAGGUUGAGUGAUGCUGGAAGUGGCAACCGUGAAGCAGAAAGGCGAGCAACUGGUGUUGUUCAUGGAGGACAGGGUCGGCACAACCUCACGAACUUGAAUACGCAGAUGUUGAAUGGACUUAGUUUGAGAGAUCCACCUCCUUUGAGUCCAUCAAGUAAUGAAACUAAGGCUUAUAACUCACCAGGAGAACCUGUAUAUGAAUACCUUGAAAGUGAAUCACCAUAUGUUCGUAAACCUUUAUAUGAUCAGGUUUUGAAUCUUGCAUCUAAAUUCCCUGGGCUCAACGUGUACAAAAGCUGUGAUAUAUUGCCUGCUAGUUGGCUCUCUGUUGCAUGGUACCCAAUAUACAGAAUACCUGUUGGCCCAACUCUACAAAGUCUCGAGGCAUCUUUUCUUACAUUCCAUCCUUUAUCAACGCAUUCUUCAGGCAAAAAUCAACCACGGUUGCAUCCUGCUGCCAGCGCCAAGAAGGGAGACACUUCAAAAAUCUCUUUGCCCAUUUUUGGUCUUGCUUCCUACAAGUUAAAAGAUUCAAUUUUUUCACCUGGGGAAUCCGAGGAACAGCGGCAGGCAAGAACCUUGCUGCUGGAUGCUAAGAAUUGGCUGCAGCGCUUGGAUGUCAAACUUCCUGACUGGGAAUUUUUUCAAUCCCGCAAUAAGUUCGUAUCUUCUGAAGUUCAUUUAUUAAACAACACAAAGGAGUCCAGUUGCUGAGUUGUUAAAUGAAAUGUGUUCAUGCGUACUACAAAAACAGCUCGAUUUUCAGCCUUCGUUUUUCAAAUACUUGUGUAUGUUUUUCUCCAUGGAAGAAGCAUUUGAUAGACACAAGAGAAUAGGAGAUUCGUGAGGCUGCCUAGCAUUGUUGGAAGGAUAUAGUGUGGCAGUUGUAUAUGGGCAUUAAAAAAGUGAAUAUGAUUAGCAAGCUAUAUGGUCUCAUCAUAUUACCAAGUAAUGAGACAUUGUUUCCUAAUUUGUUGCGUAUCCAUGAUUCUGGCCUUAACAAAUAUUUGACAUAAAUGACAGUAUAUAUAUAUUCAUAAGAAUCUGAUAGCGGCUUUCAUGA